UUCAAAACCCCUAUAACCAUGAAAAUUCUCUCCAAUCCACAAAAACCCUAAUGAGAGAUCAAUAAGCAAAAUUUUUAAAUUAUUAUUAUUAUAAAAAGAGAGAGAGCACAAGUACCUAAAAUUAAAAUAAAAUCAUAGAAAAGAGAGAAAAAUAUGAAAGGCUGGAAAAAUUUAGGAUCUGUUGCUACAAUUUAUGAAGAAGAAUAUGAGUUUUCCUCUUCUUCUUCUUCUUCUCUUUCUCCUACUCAUUCUUCUCCUCCUACACCUCUACAAUCUAGAGUCAGGAAAUGGUCACAUGCAGUUAAAAGAAAAACAGAAGUGGUGAUAAAAGUUCGUGGAAAAUGUUUUCUUCUUCACAAGGAUCCACUGAGAUCGAAAAGUACGUAUUUAAAGCGACAAUUAACGGAUUCCGUUACGGAAUUUACUCUCUCUCCGCCGUUAAACAUUUCCGCCGAAACGUUUACUCUCGUAGCGGACUACUGUUACGGAGCCCAUCUCGUCGUAACGCCGUUUAAUCUCGCGGCUCUUAAAACUGCUGCCGAGUUAUUAGAGAUGACGGAGGAUGACGGUGACGGUAACGAUAACUUGGUGCAGUUUACAGACUCGUAUUUUCGGCGAGUUGUCGCCGUUAAUAGGGAGUACGCGACUAUAGUUUUCCGUUCGUCCUUGUCUCUACUUCCUGAAUCCGAAACGGCGUCGUUUCUCGUGAGUAAGUGCAUUGAAGUGUUGAACUUAACGGAUGAUGAUGACGGAGAUGACGGCGGUUUUGACUUGUUUGAAGACGUUAUACUAAUGGUUCACCCUGACGACUUUCAUAUAGUCGCAGAGGCCAUGCAUCGUCGUUUCAACAGUCAUGAUGUCGUUUAUAAGAUUGUUGAUCAAUAUAUUCGGGGACAUAAUGGGAAGAUGACAGAAGACCAAAAAUCCCAAAUAUGCAGUAGCAUAGACUGCAACAAACUCUCCCCUAAACUUCUUGUGGAGGCUGUUCAAAACCCCAUAAUGCCCCUCAGAUUCUUGGUCCGAGCCAUGUUAGUCGAGCAGCUCAACACGCGCCACUGCAUGAUAUCCACCACCACAACCACCACCAACGGCCGCCACCACCGCCGCCGUUACAGUGACACUCCUCCGCAGUCCGUUACAACGCUCGGCGCCCUACUCCAGCGCGACGCGGCUCAACGCCAAAACUCGCAGCUCAAGGCCUCUUUAGAAGCGACCACAUCGCGUAUCCAAAGCUUAGAGGAAGAGCUCAACGGCAUGAGGAAGCUGUUAAGGGAUAAUUUUCUUGAUGACGUGUCCAGAGAGGGCACGAAUAGAAUAACCGAUCGCGAGUCGGGUAAGUCGGCUAGCUUCCAUUUUGGCGCCGAGAAUAAUAAUAAUAAUAAGGCGUGUAAUAGGGGAGCUGCUUCGUCGGCUAGUUUUCGCAGUGGUGGAGAGAAAGUAGUUAGUCGAAGUCCGAGGAGCAAGAACAAGAAGUUGAGUGAGAGAUUAAUGAGUGGGCUAAAGAAGGCUUUUUGGGUACGAUCAAGUGAUAAUAUUAAUAAUAAUAAUAAUAAUAAUAAGGUGGAUCAUCAUCAAGAUAAUGAUGGAGGGAAAUAUUACAACGAGAUCAUGUUAUUGUGAUUAUAUAUUUAAAUAUCUUAUAAAUUAGGUCUAACAUCAGACAAUUAUAUAUAUUGUAUUGUUAGUGCUAUAACUAAUUAAUUUAUUAAUUUGUUUCUCUA